ACAACAUUCGCCCGCCUUCACCAACAAACAUCAGAAUUUCAGAACGACACCCGGACCAACCUACCACCAACCCAUGACCUAACUCCUCUCCGUGGCACGACCUCCAGCACCGCCGGCGCCCUUGCGCCCACGACUACCGCCGCAAUACCAACAUGUCCGAGAAGAAGGCGCAAGCCAACGGCCAUCACACACAUAACGAUGGCUCCUCCUCCCGCGCCUACACCGUUGAACAGAAAGCCGCAGUGAUCCGAGUGAAACGCUGCGGCCCCACAGACUUCUACGAUAUUCUCGGCCUUGAAGCCUCGCGAGCCACGGCAACCGACAGCGAGAUCAAAAAGGCUUAUCGCAAAUUAUCACUUCUCACGCAUCCGGACAAAAAUGGCUACCCUGGCGCAGAUGAAGCGUUCAAGAUGGUCAGCCGCGCUUUCCAGAUCUUGAGCGAUGCGGACAAGAAGGCGAAAUAUGAUCGAUUCGGAGGGGAUCCUGAGUCGAGAAUGGGCGCCGGAGGGGGCGGAGCAUCAUCGAGUGGUGCUAGUCCGUUCAGUGGGUUCGCGCAGCAGAGGAGGGGUCCCAUGUUUGAAGAGGAAAUCAGUCCCGAGGAGCUGUUUCGACAAUUCUUUGGCGGCGGAGGCGCGUUUGGUGGUGGGGGACCUUUUGGCGGAGGCUUUGGAGGGCCGGGAUUCGUUUUUUAUGUCGGAGGCGGGCCUGGGAUACGUGUACACCAAUUUGGAGGGAAUCGGCCCCGAAGGAGACCGCAUAAUCAUGAAGAGGCGCAGCAAGGGCCGACGAGCAUGUUUCAGGCAUUGCAAGGACUAUUACCACUUCUACUGCUUUUUAUCUUGCCCUUGAUCAGCAGCUUUUUCUCCGGGUCAGGGCAACCGAGUGGACCAUCAAUGCGGUUUGACGCAGCAGUUCCCCCUCACACCGAACAACACACAAGCGGAAAGUUGAAAGUGCCGUAUUGGGUGAACCCGACCGAAGUGCGAGAUUUUACUGUGAAGAAAUGGAAAAACUUGGACGAGCAGGCCGAGAGGAAAUACAUCAUCAACUUGAACGCGGAGUGCGAGUGGGAGCAGAGUCAACGUCAGCGGUUAGCGAACGAGGCUAUGGGCUUCUUCUACACCGACCAGGUCAAAUUGGAUAGGGCGAAGAAGAUGGAAAUGCCCAGUUGUAGAAGAUUGGAGGGGCAUGGAUAUCGGUUGCCCAACAGGUAUUAAUGAUGACUUGCAUUGAAUUAGGUUGCACUGGCAAAGCUCAAUUGUAUAUGACUUGCUCUUCUGUGCUGCUGCGUUGAAGCGUUUCUUGGGCUUUCCGUAGGGAUGAUCACCAGUUUUGGUGUCGAUUAUGCACAUUUUUACCUCUUCUCAGCCGCUUCGGCAAUCUCCUUUUGUGGGCAGUGUGGAUGGAGUACGCUUCAGCUCGGAGCAAGUCACUAUUGCACAAUCGCGAAACGAGACACAUGGGACAUCGCAGCAUCGCGUGUCCAGCGCAAGGA